AUCUUCUCUAAGGUUUCCUUAUAUCUAUUCAUUUCCCGGAUACCUUUUUUAAUCGAAUAAAGAAUUGAUCUUUGUAUAAGUGGAUUAAAUGUACGACCGAACCAGCUUAGAUACGUUCAGUGGGCGUAACGCAAACAUGGGAGAUGGUGUGGUAAAGAAUGGUGCAUUUAAAUAUGAUGAUGGUACAAAAUAUAUUGGAGAUUGGAAUCGUAAAGGAUUGAAACACGGCGCCGGUUUGUUAAUUUUUCCGGACGGGACACGAUACGAAGGAGCAUUUCAGAAUGGAUUAUGUUCUGGCUUGGGAGUUAUUAUAUUUUCCGAUGGAGCAAAAUACGAAGGCGAAUUUAUGCAAGGAUGGUUCCAUGGUCAUGGUGUAUUUUGGAGAGCCGAUGGAAUGAAAUUCGAAGGAGAAUUUCGCGGAGGUCGUGUCUGGGGCUUAGGUUUAGUGACUUAUGCCGAUGGAUCGCAUGGAUUUCCAAGAAACGAAGGUUUUUUUCAAGAUUGUAGAUUAGUAAGACGACGACGUUGUCCAGAUAUAGUACAAAAAGCGCAAAAAAUUUCCAUGAUGGCGCGUGCGCAAUGCAAUUGAACGGAAAUAGACAUUUAAAGCUAGUACAUACAUAAGUAAAAAGAAAGAUAUGCAUAGAUAGUUUUCGUUCACUAGAGCGCGUAUUUUUCUCUGCACAUAUUGAUAUAAUAUUAACAAAAAUAAAAAUAUACCUAUACAUGCUUUAUACAUUGAUAUUCGUAUUUAAGAGAAAGAGAGCGAGAGAGAGAGAAAGAGAGAGAGAGAGAGAGAGAGAGUGUGUGUGUGUGUGUGUGUGUAUUUUAUAAUUUCUUCCUCAUAUUGUGCCAUAUAUAGUCGGCAUUUCCACUCGCGUGUGCGAGUAAAAACUUCAAUUUUUGAAACAUUUUUCGAGCAAAUAGUACAUAGUGAAAAAUGAAAAUAUUUAUCUUUAUACACAUAUUAGCCAUAUCAAAUUAAAAUUUAAACGCAAACAA